CUCUUUUCCCUGUUUACUUACUCUGCUGACCCCCCUCAAUUAGCUUUAUGGCAUGUUGCGGGUCAGAAUUAGAUUUGUUAGAAGAUUUAUUCUCGCGUUUCAUUCUUUAGAAUUCGCGGGUUACCUUUGGUAACAUCGCGGGCUCAUUUCUUUUCCAAAACAGUUAGAUGAAACAGUACUCACGUAUUUUGGUAAUGAAAAUUCCAUUAAAUCAUGCAGGGUCAAUUAUAGAUUUCACUUGAGAAUGUCGGAAGAAAGGCGGGCAGAAUGCCCAGUGUGUGGAAAAUCAUUUUCUCCCAAACAAAUUAACAGCCAUGUGGAAGAUUGUCUGAAAGCCACCGAGAACGGGGAGGAGGAGAGAACUUUACAAGACUCCAAGGGGGGGACCCCCUCGGGUGACAACACAUCUAAAGUAUCAUCAGAGGUCCCUUGGUUUAACCAAAGGCAAAAGCCUAAAGAUAAAGCAGACUCGAAAACCGGAAGACAAGCAGAAAAAUCACCCAUACAUCACGGGAAAAGAGAGUUGCCAAACUUGGCGGGAAAAAGUUGUUCUAUUCCUUUUGGAAAGAAACAGAAAACUGAAGGCGGUUUUAAAGGUUUUUUUGCUCCUCACAAAGUAUCCGAGAAUCCUUGUGUUGUGUUGUCGAAAGAAGAGAAGGAGGUUAAAAAAGGAAAUAAUACAGAGACAAAAACAGAAAAUCCAGGGCAAAUAGGACGCCCCACUGUCUUUACUCGAAAAACAAAGGUGAAUUUCGUGCCCCUUGCAGAACAAAUGAGACCAACUAGCUUGGAGGAUUAUGUGGGGCAGGAGCAAGUGCUUGGUAAUAGCUGUUUGUUGAGAACUCUCCUUGAGGCAAAUGAGGUGCCGUCUAUGGUGCUAUGGGGUCCACCAGGGUGUGGCAAGACUACACUUGCCCACAUAGUUGCCAAUAAUGCAAGGAAAACCACUACAACACGCUUUGUCACGCUGUCAGCUACAACCAGCGGCAUUAAUGACAUCAAAGAAGUCGUCAAGGUUGCCAAGAAUGAGCAGCAGAUGUUCCGUAGAAAGACCAUCUUGUUUGUAGAUGAGAUCCAUAGAUUCAACAAAACACAACAGGACACAUUUCUUCCCCACGUUGAGAAUGGCACCAUCACUCUUAUCGGAGCAACGACUGAAAACCCCUCCUUCCAGCUUAAUACAGCGCUACUCAGCAGGUGUAGAGUCAUAGUACUUGACAAGCUCUCAUCUGAGCACCUCCAGAGGAUACUUUGUCGAGCGGUGGAGAAUAUGGGUUGUGUCAUAGAGAACAAGUCUUCAACAGGAAAGGAUUCAAUGGAAAUGGAUAGUGAUUCACCAACCGUUGCUAUUAUUGAGAGAGAUGCAAUCACCGCUCUUGCAAACCUAUGUGAUGGAGAUGCUAGAGUUGCCCUCAAUGGUCUUCAACUCGCUGUUCAAUCCCAAACUAGCGGCUCAUCUUUGAGGAGGCAAAAACAAAAUGCUCCUGACCCUUCAAGAGGUGUGAAUGGACACAGUGCUACUUCCAGCAGUUCUCCUUCCCCUAAUGGUGAACCAGUAAGGGUCAAUGUUGCACAUGUCAAGGAAGGCUUACAAAGAACUCACUUACUGUACGACCGCGCAGGUGAAGAGCACUUUAAUAUCAUAUCGGCAUUACACAAGUCCUUACGAGGAAGUGAUGGUAACGCCGCACUGUACUGGUUGGCGCGGAUGUUAACCGCGGGAGAAGAUCCAUUGUACAUUGCGAGGCGACUGGUUAGAUUUGCUAGCGAAGAUGUAGGUCUUGCUGAUCCAAACGCUCUAAACCAGACGGUUGCUGCUUAUCAAGCGUGUCACUUUAUUGGCUUGCCUGAAUGCGAGGUAAUCCUCGCACAGGCAACCAUCUACUUGGCACGAGCACCCAAAUCCAUCGAGGUCUACAGUGCUUAUAACAACGCCAAAGCCUGCGUCAAGAACUGGGACGGACCGCACCCACCAGUACCCCUACACAUUAGAAACGCCCCGACCAAACUAAUGAAGACGCUUGGCUAUGGAGACGGGUACAAGUACAACCCAGCUUAUGACGAACCAGUGGACCAAACCUACCUUCCACCAGAGUUACACAAUGUAGAUUUCUUUAGCGGAAAAUAGACGCCACACUGGAAAAAUUGUUUGGUGUUGCCUUGGUUCUCCAUGCUCGAUUUAUGGAGUGGCUAUUGGCAAGUGCAGAAAACUGUAGAAAAUAGACGACUUGGCAAACUGAGCUAUCCACUGGCAGAGCUGUUGUUUUAAGAAGGGCAUAUGAAAACACCUCCCUUUUAUCCCAUAGCAAAUACAAGUGAUGUGAAGUGAAAGCUUAUGAUAUUUUACUUGAAUCACCCUUACACUUCCCUCACCUAUCUAACUGUAAUACAUAUGCCCUCGCUUUGUAUCUCGCUAUCUUCUAAACUUGUAGAUUUCUGUAUCAGUGGGUAGAUGCUAAGGCGAACCGUGCAAGUUGACUUAUGAGAUCAAACUCGUAGUUGAUCUACGGUUUCUGCCCAUUCUUUAUCCCCAAAAGAUCAAUCAACAAUAUAAUGGUGACUUCAAUAUAAAGGUGACUAAUGGCGAAGAACAAUUUUACGAACCAUAUAAACACAGUGCUAAAGCUGAAUGAAAAUGCCGUAAUGUCACAGGAUGACACGUGACACAAGACCAGCUUGGAAAACUGUUUUACGACAGUAGGGACCUCAAGCAACAACGAGGACGCCGAAAACAAUGGAAUUUGUUUAGAAUUCAAUAGCAGCACGUGGAAAUGCGUUCUGUCUGAUAUAUAUCAGCCGUUUUCCGUAAAACAACGGACGUGAAAACUCCAAGUUUCACGGUCAAUUAAGGACGCGGAUGUUUUAUCUGUAAACUCCACUAACUACGUUCGCUGCUGUAGAAAUAAUGUCCUUAUUUUAUUUUUAUGUGUUUUUGAUUAUAAUGUUUUGCUUGUUCCAUUGCAAUUAAAAUUAUUGUUGAUCGCCA